CAGCGCGCCCCCCGGGUACCAUGGAGACCGGCCGUCCGGCCACCGCCGUCCGGGACCUCCUGCAGGACGAGUGCUACGCUGAUUUUUUAAGCCAGGACUUCGACGUCAAGGCUUACACCUCUCAGUCCAUUCACCGAGCGGUGAUAGCCGAGCAGUUGGCCAAGCUCGCCCAAGGGAUCAGUCAACUGGAUAAAGAACUUCACUUACAGGUAGUUGCGAGGCAUGAAGACUUAUUGGCACAGGCGACUGGAAUUGAGUCUCUGGAAGGUGUUCUUCAGAUGAUGCAGACGAGAAUCGGGGCUCUUCAGGGCGCUGUGGACAGGAUCAAAGUCAAAAUUGUGGACCCGUACAACAAGAUAGUAGGACGCACAGCCCAGUUGGCAAGGCUGCAGGUAGCCUGUGACUUGCUCCGGAGAAUAAUCCGCAUCCUGUACCUUAGUAAGAGGCUCCAAGGACAGUUGCAGGGCGGAAGUCGAGAAAUAACGAAGGCCGCUCAGAGCCUUAAUGAACUUGAUUACCUUUCUCAAGGAAUCGACCUCUCCGGAAUCGAAGUGAUUGAAAACGACCUGCUUUUCAUCGCCAGAGCCCGACUUGAGGUUGAAAACCAGGCUAAACGUUUGCUGGAACAAGGAAUUGAGACUCAGAACCCAACGCAAGUGGGAACAGCUCUUCAGGCCUUCUAUAACCUUGGAACUCUGAGGGAGACGGUCACCAGCGUCGUGGAUGGAUAUUGUGCGGUUCUGGAGGAGAACAUCAACAGUGCUUUAGAUAUCAAAAUCUUGACCCAGCCUUCCCAGAGAGGUGGUCCCGGGCCCGGGCGAGCCACCAUGCCUACCCCAGGAAACACGGCGGCUUUCCGUGCCACCCUCUGGACCAACAUGGAGAAGUUGAUGGAUCAGAUUUGUGCAGCCUGCGGGCAGGUUCAGCAUCUGCAGAAAGUCUUAGCCAAGAAGAGGGACCCCGUCUCACACGUUUGCUUUAUUGAAGAAAUAGUUAAGGAUGGCCAGCCUGAAAUAAUAUUUACAUUUUGGAAUUUUGUAACUCAGAGCCUCUCUUCUGAAUUUCAAACUGCCGCAAAUUCUUCUAUGUUUUUGAAGCAAGCAUUUGAAGGAGAAUACCCCAAAUUAUUGCGGCUUUAUAAUGAUCUGUGGAAGCGUCUUCAACAGUACAGUCUAAACAUCCAAGGCAGUUUUCAUCCAAGUGGGACCACCGAUCUCUAUGCCGAAAUGCAGCAAAUGGAAGAUGACGCCCAGGACAUAUUCUUGCAGAAAAAGCAGGAUUAUGACCCGGAGAAGGCUCUGAAAGAUUCACUGCAGCCGUACGAAGCCGCUUAUCUGUCCAAGUCGUUAUCCCGGCUCUUCGACCCCAUCAACCUGGUCUUCCCUCCCGGCGGUCGAAACGCGCCGUCCGCGGACGAACUGGACGGCAUCAUUAAGACCAUUGCCAGUGAACUCAACGUGGCUGCGGUUGAUUCAAGCCUCACUUUAGCCGUGGCGAAAAAUGUGGCAAAGACCAUCCAGCUCUAUGGAGUGAAAUCUGAGCAACUGCUGUCCACUCAGGGAGAUGCCAGCCAGGUGAUCGGCCCCCUGACCGAAGGCCAGCGGCGCAACGUGGCCGUGGUCAACUCGCUGUUCCGGUGGCACCAGGCCAUCGUGAAGGUUAUUUCCAGUCAGAGUUCGUUCCCUCCGGCAGCCGAGCAGACCAUCGCCUCGGCCCUCAAGACGAUCCACGCUCUGAUGGGGAGUGCCGUGCAGCCCCUGCUGACGUCCGUGGGCGACUCAAUCGAAGCCGUCAUCAUCACCAUGCACCAGGAAGACUUCUCUGGCUCGGUGUCCGGCCCGGGGAAGUCGGCGACCCCCUGCUCGCUCUACAUGAAGGAGCUCCAGGGCUUCAUAGCGAGAGUCAUGAGCGACUACUUCCGACACUUCGAGUGCCAGGACUUUGUGUUCGACCAGACGGAAGCCAUCGCCCGGCGGGCCAUCCAGCUCUUCGUCCGCAACGCCAGCCUCCUGCGGCCCCUCGGCGAGGGAGGCAAGAUGCGGCUGGCCGCUGAUUUCGCCCAGAUGGAGCUGGCGGUGGCCCCCCUGUGUAGACGGGUGUCCGACCUGGGCAAGUCCUACCGGCUGCUGAGAUCGUUCCGGCCCCUGCUCUUCCAGACCAGCGAGCACGUGGCCAACAGCCCGGCCCUGGGCGAAGUCAUCCCGUUCAGCACCGUGCUGCAGCUGCUCUUCACCCGGGCGCCCCCAGACCUCAAGUCGCCAUUCCAGCGGGCCGAGUGGUCCCACGCCCGCUACUCCCAGUGGCUGGAUGACCAUCCGUCGGAGAAGGACAGGCUGGUUCUCAUCAGGGGGGCCCUGGAAGCCUACGUUCAGUCAGUGAGAACCAGAGAAGGCAAAGAGUUUGCACCCGUCUAUCCGAUAAUGAUCCAGCUGUUGCAGAGAGCCAUGUCCACUCUUCAGUAGGAGGAGGAGGAGGAGGAUCCAGACAGUUUGCCGGCUUUCCGCUCCCUCUAGUUUCUGCUCUUGAUUGGUACUUUCGGGCCUGCCUGGCUCAGCCCCACCCUAAGGGUCGAAAGCGAAAAGGCAGACCAUGCUAGGACUUCGGGGGCCAGGCCGGAGCCGGCGUUCCCGGCAUCCCUGUCCUCGGCCUGGCAAGGCGGCUCCGGGCGGGCCGUCCGGCCUCGGGCCAGGCCCGAGGACCGACGAUCGCCUUCCAAGGGACCCGGGGCCACGGGUAGCACCAACCUGGCAGCGGCAGAUCACACCAGUCCAAGACGGGGAGAAGACGGGACGUUUCCGCUCAACUUCCUCCUGCAAAAAUCAGAAAGGCCCGCUCCCCGAGGAUGAGGCCCCGGUUAAAACACCCUCUGGGAACCACUUUUCCUUCCUCCAAACGGUUAGUGCCCAGGGAUCUCAAAUCACUCUGUUGGGGAUUGGAACAGAAUCACACACCAGAAGAGGUUAAACAAUCACACUCUUGCGUUUGACCUUUCCACCAUUAACUCUGUCUCUCUCUCGGAAAAUAAUGGGCGUCUUUCGGCUUUAAGAUGAUUCAAUACGGAUGGGGGGCUUGAAAAUCCAGCGGCGGCGGCGGCUUCCUGAGUCUGAAACCAUUAAAAUGUUUAGAAAGAU